AUGAGGCGAAAUUUUAAUUUAAGCAAAAAUCCAGGAGCACCUAUUUCUCUAAAACCUACAACUGUGUUAAGAUCUAUACGAUCUAAUAAUGUAAGAAAUUUAUCAGGUGAAUGCCAGGAAGAGGCUCGUCAACAGUUAAAUGACUUUAUUAGACAACGACCAAAAGUUGUUGAUAGACCAAUAAGAAAUAACAAAGAUAGUGAGUCUGAAGAUUUAUCGUUGUAUAUGAAUGACAUUUUAAAUGAACAAUAUGAUCCUGGUAGUUAUAACUUAUCUCAGUCAUCAAAAUGUAAUAAUAGAACAAUAAAAAGAAAAUUUCAUCCAACAAUUUCUUAUAAAUGUAAUAAAAACAAAGAAAAGUUAUGUUUUGAUGAUACUUCUGAGCCUCAGAUAUUUGUGAAUAGUAACGUAAAGAGAAAGGAUCGAAAACAUACAUUUUCUCAAUUAGAAGAUAGUGAAGCUCUGAGAGGAGAAGAGACUUUGUAUAAAGAUGGCGAAGUAUCAAAAAGAAACGUCCGUUUUUGUGAUUGUUGUUUCAAAAAUUCAAAAAAAUCUGUUUUGAAGAAUGUAGAAAAUAAGGAACCUUUUGAGAAAUUUUUGCAAGAUUCAACACACACACCAUCAACAGAUGAUUUACUAUGUAAAGAAGUAUCUCCUGUAUCUAAAAUGCUUGAAAAACGAAAAAUUCAGUUAAAUUAUGGUUCAAUAAAAUUGUCUUCUCAACAAAAGGAAAAAAGAAAAAAAGAAUGGAACCCUGAAAAGUUGGGAAAUAUUUCUCGUAAUAUUAGUGAAGGAAUACCUCAUCUAAUAAUGUCGAGUGAAAAACCAGUAACAUAUCAAGGAGAAUUAACAUCUUUAAUGAAAAAAAUGUUUACACAAUUCAAAAUACCACAGUCUCCAUUUACAAACUUAGGUAGAACACCUUCUGAUAACAUUAGUGCUCAAAUAAAAAAUUUCAUCAAUGCAACAUCUCCAUUUAUUUCAGAUGAUGGUAAAGUUUCAAAAUCAUGUCUAGAAGAAACGUUAAACUUUAAUUUAAAUGAAUCAUUUAAUUCUGAUGUUUUAAGUAUUGAUUUGGAAAGAGAAUUGAAUAAUAUUAGUAGUUCAGAAAAUUUUUUAAAUUCCACAAGUUUUUAG